CUCUCGCUCUCUCUCUCUCUCUCUCUCUCAAUCUUGUAUAUAUAUUUCUCUAUCUUCCUGAUUUUCUCAAUGUGGAACGAAGACUUGGGAGCAGUGGAUGUACCUUGAGAUGAGCAGUCCGGCACCUUGCACCCGAUCCUGGUCCAUCAGUGAGGACUCCCUGAGAAGGUAUGUGUACUUUGCCAGUGAGAGCUGUAUACAGGAGCUAUUAUCUGCCUCAGACACAACCCGGGUUGGGAACAGCAGUGAUGGGUGGAAAGUCCUCACGCUCGACAAUGGAGUGGAGAUAUCAAAACGGAGGUCUGGAUCGCUUCACACCUUUCGCAGCCGCUGGCUGCUUAGAUCAGUCUCACCUGAACAAUUCAUCACCGUGGCCAAUGCCAUUGAUGCUGCAAAGCAAUGGGACUCUGAUCUUGUAGAAGCCAAGUACAUCAAGGAUCUCGAAGACAACCUCAGCAUCAUCCGCCUCAGGUUUGGAGAGAGCUCUAAGCCCCUCUUUAGGAACAGGGAGUUCAUUGUCUAUGAGCGGCGUGAAACCAUGGAUGAUGGAACCCUGGUGGUAGCGGUAGCUUCACUGCCAAAAGAGAUAGCUGCUGGAUUGCAUCCAAAGCAAAAUAAUGCAAUCAGAGCAUUGCUGCUGCAGUCAGGCUGGGUCGUGGAGAAGCUUGAGGAUGACUCUUGCAUGGUCACAUAUGUUAUCCAGUUAGAUCCUGCUGGAUGGCUGCCCAAGUGCUUUGUGAAUCGACUCAACACCAAACUGGUUAUGAUCAUUGAGAACCUUAGGAAGCAAGUGCAAGCUUGUCCUAUUAAUGGUGAUGUAUGAUGAUGACAUUGUGUAUACCUUGGGGAGAGAAAAGUGAGAUAUUUACUAGCCAUAACAUGGAUUAUUGUAACCAAGCAAUCAAUACUUGGGAUUUGCUUAUGUCGAACCUGUUCUUGACUUUUUAGUUAACUAUACUUGAACAUUAUGAUUCAAGCAAGUCCAGAGUCAUGAAAAGAUAAUAUAAGUCGGUUUAUUAUUA